AUGUCGCCUGUCCCCGCAGGUUAUCCCAUAGAAAAACUAUCUGGACCUUUGAUCGUCGCUGGUCUCUUACAUUGGGGACUCUUCGGGACCCUUUCCGUGCAGCUUUCAUUUCCGAACGACAGACGAUUUACAAAAUAUCUCGUCUAUGGCAUCUAUGUCGUCGAAUUUGUACAGACGAUCCUUGUUACCCAUGACGCCUUUGCAGAAUUCGGGUACGGCUUCGGUAACAUCGAAGUACUGACUGGGAUGCAUUUUAAUUGGCUCACUGUCCCUAUCAUGAGCGCUGUCGUUGCUUGCAUCAGACAAUCCUUCUAUGCAUACCGAAUCUUCAUACUGUCAAAGUCUCAAAUCGUCCCGUUAUCCUUGACCAGCGCUGUAGCAGCCAUAAUCACAGGCACCUACUGUUUCGAAGCAGGCGAUGUCACUAAACUCAAUAAUCGAAGGACAUCCAUCGCUGUCGGGAUUUGGCGCGGAGCCGCAGCCUUGUGUGAUAUCCUCAUCGCUAUCUGCAUGACUUACUAUCUUAUGCGCUGCGAUACUGGUUUCCGUCGCACCCGGAUGCUUGUCACCAAGUUGAUUCGUCUUACUAUCGAAACGGGAACUAUAACGGCUGUGGUUGCUCUGCUCAACCUUAUCCUCUUUUUUGCGCUUCCUCAUCAGACUUUCUACGGAACGCCGGCGCUCAUCAUGCCCAAGCUGUAUGCUAACACAGUUUACAUGGUACUGAAUUCGCGAAUCCGAAUUCUAGGUGGACGGGAUACUGAUACGUCUUCGCUUGAUAUAAGCAUAACAACCACUAUGAUAAGGGAUAUCACCUCCGAUCCAAUACAGGGCACAUGGAGAACGGAUGGGGUGCAAGGACGGGCAUCAAUGGUCGCGAUAUUCAACGAUGAUUAUGAAAUGGGCCAAAUAAAUGUCAGUCAUGGUGAUUUAAGUGAGUUUUGA